AUGGGCUGCUCUCUAUGUUGUGGAAAAAAAGAAGUAUCCGAUGCUGAACGUAAUAGAUUAUUUGCAUUGGAUCGAUUUACCGAUGUUGAUAUCUAUAGUAGAAAAACUUCAUUAAUCAACGCUUCUGAUUUGAUGAAACCAUUGGUCUCACUUGAACUCGCUCUCGAUUUCAUCAUUCCUAAAAUCGAUUCUCAUUAUAUAGAAAAGGCGAAAAAUAGCUGCCAUUUCCCAUCAGAACAUGGACUCACUCAUGAUGAAUCAGCUGCUAUUUAUGUUUACACUGUACGACUGGAUGAAUAUUGUGUGUAUGAUCGACUAAAUCAAUCAUUACGAUCUGAGAAUCAAUCUCAAAUCACACCUUGGCUUAUGUAUCUCACUUUAUUGAAAUCUGCAUUGGAUAAGUUACCUAAUGUAACAAAACCUAUUUGGCGAGGAAUGCACGAUAGUAUCAGGAUAUUAAAAGAAAUGAAUCCAGAUAUUAUGUGGUGCACCAUGAGUUCCGCUUCAACAACAUAUACAACUAUCCAAGAUUAUCUGGGGUCAGAUGCAGCUCUUCUUAGAAUCGACUCUAUUACUGGAAAGAAUGCAACGGGCUACACCACAUCGGUCUUCGAUGAAGUUCUGCUUUGGCCUGGAACAAGACUUCAUAUGGAUGGAGCUCCGGUUAUGAUGGCCGAUGGCUCAUAUGUAGUAUGUUUAGUCGAAAUGGCAAGUGAGUUUGUCCUACAUGUUAUUUCCAUGAUAUCUUGA